AUGGGGUACCCUGGGGACACCAGCCCUGGGGGGGCACGGGGGGACCAGGCAGGGCCAGGCCCCACCCCAGGGUGCUGCUGCGGGGUGCGCGCUGUCCCUCACCCGUCACCUCACCAGGCGGUGCCCCGCGUCUGGCCCGUCCCCACGGCCCCCCGGCACCUCCACACCACCCCCGCCUGCCUCAAGACGCGGGCGGCGCGGGUGCGUGUGGGCAAAGGGGACAAGCCGGUGACCUACGAGAAGGCGCACGCCCCCCACUACAUCACCCACUGCAAGGGCUGGCUCUCCCAGCACACCGGGAACCUGGCCGGGGAGCCGGGCGCGGCGGAGCGGGUGGUGGAGGACGCCUUCCUGCGCCGCUUCCUCUACGGCACCUUCCCCGGCAUCCUGGCCGACGAGGCCGUGCUGAAGCGCCGCGCCAACCUGCUGGUGGUCUGCGCCGUGCUGGCGCGGGGCCUGCCGCCCGCCAAGCUCUACUUCCUGGUGGGCUACGCCGAGACCCUGCUCACCCACUUCUACAAGUGCCCCGUGCGCCUGGAGCUGCAGACGGUGCCCGCCAAGGUGGUCUACAAGUACCUCUAGUGCCGGGGGGAAUAAAGCCGGGCUCUGCGCCCACCCUGCCCCA